AUGGGCGAUUUAAGACAACUUGAUGGUAGAGAUGAUUUUAAAGAAGUUUGGCGUCGAACUGCCACAGAUAUCAAAAUUCGUACCUAUGCAACAAAAGAAGAUCUUGGUAAAAUAUUUGAAUUACCAUUAACCAUUCAACAACAAAUACUCUCAUUAUCCAAUAAUAUUAACUUUAAUUACGAGACCAUUCAUGUUAAUGGAAUACUUUACAAUUUAACUUAUGUUGUAUUAUUUCAUCAAGGAGAACAAAAUUUAAUUGGUAUACAUGAAUAUUAUUAUCUUAAAACUACUAGAAAACUCGUUGGCGUAACAAUCGGGGCUGGUGCUUUGAUUGGUGCAAUAUGUUAUUAUUUUGGUAGUAUAGGUGAACGCACAUCUUCUUUAACUGAAUAUAUUCAAGAAAUUACAAUGCAAUUAUUGAUCAAACAUUUACAAGAUGUGCUGGCAUGUUUUUCACUACAGCUAAUUUUUAUGAUUUGA